ACUUCACAGUGUGGAUAAGCUUUUCGGUUUUCCCUUGUUUUCAUUCCAACACCAACCUUUGAAAGCAAUGCAGGUUCAGGUUGCUUCUCAAUUUUGUCCUCACGAGUGACACCUUCUGAGUUCUGAGUUCUCAUUUUCCCAUUCCCACUUUCCACCCAUGGCCGCUCUCACUUCUCUCUCUUUCUCCGCACUCACUCAAUGCUCACGAACAAAGCCUUCUCUCGCUUCCACUUCAGCUGACAUCUUUGCCUUUCGCACCCAUUUCUCCUACCACUAUGUCACUGUUCGAGCUUCCAAUUAUUCAGCUUCUAAGAUGGUUCUUCAAUGCAUGUCUUCUGCUACAGAUGUUCCCCCCACUGUUUCUGAGACGAAGUUAAAUUUCCUCAAGACGUAUAAGCGACCAAUCCCUAGUAUCUACAAUAAUGUGCUGCAGGAGCUGAUAGUGCAACAACAUUUAAUGAGAUACAAGAGAUCAUACCGUUAUGACCCUGUCUUUGCUCUUGGUUUUGUUACUGUAUAUGAUAAACUCAUGGAAGGGUAUCCUAGUGAUGAGGACCGAGAUGCCAUCUUCCAAGCCUACAUCAAUGCAUUGAAUGAAGAUCCAGAACAAUACAGAAUAGAUGCAAGAAAGUUGGAAGAGUGGGCUCGGGUUCAAAACCCUAGUUCUCUGGUUGAGUUUUCAUCCAAAGAAGGAGAAGUUGAGGGAAUUUUAAAGGAUAUUGCAAAAAGAGCAGGGGGAAAAGGGGAAUUCAGUAAUAGUCGUUUCUUUGCUGUAGGCCUCUUUCGGCUUCUCGAGUUAGCAAAUACCACAGAACCAACAAUUUUGGACAAGCUUUGUGCGGCUUUGAACAUCAACAAAAGAAGUGUUGAUCGGGACUUGGAUGUGUAUCGUACCCUGCUUUCGAAGUUGGUUCAAGCAAAAGAGCUGCUAAAGGAGUAUAUUGACAGGGAGAAGAAGAAACAAGAAGAAAGGGCUGAACCACAGAAGGCUAAUGAGGCCAUCACAAAAUGUUUGGGACAACAAUUGCUUGGUCUGUAGUUAUGGUCUUCUGAAACAAUCUCCUACUGAAGACUUCUUAUCCUUCACAUGUUUUUUUGUUGUUGUUGAUCUUUGAGUUGGAUAAGCAAAGUCGGAACUUCUAUCAUCUUCAUUUAGCAGGAUUUGAAUAAUCUAAAGAUAGGAGUACACUUCAAUGGAUAAAAUAUAAUAAUAACAGUUGAUUAUCGAUGAUUGAGAUUUUAAUAAAAUGUGUGUAAAAUAAAUUUGAAAUUUAUUAUAAUCUCAAUCGUUGAUUAAUCAAAAAUUAUUAUUAUCUGCUUCAUUCAAUAUAGUGUACAAUUUAGAGAACAAAUCCUUGAUUUUACAUAUUAUACUUAUUGUAAAUUGUAAACUCUGGUCAUGGUGAUCGUGAUCCACCUAAUCCUUUGUUUCGCCAAACCCACUAUUAGUUUAUCCGUCCAACUCGCAUUGUGGUCACCAAUAUAUUUUGUGGUUCUCAAACGCAAGACUCAAAGCCUAUGUUCUAGCUACCACUAAAUUUUUUUACA